AGGAGAUGCCACACACCGCGGCUUUUAACGAUGAUCAAAACAUUUCAGUGGGGUAUUAGUGAUGUAUUCAGAUGAGGAUGCACAUGUUGCGCGGAACAACAUGUACCCAGUGUCCAGCGAGCGUCUCCUCUCCAGUGAAUGACCCGCUGUGUGCUGUGCCCUCUUCCCACUGCCACCACACUCGGAAGCCUCACACCCAACAACAUGAAGCCCGCCGCAGCGCCCAAACCCAGGAUUCUACCUCAUAUUGUUUGGAUGGUCUCGCUUGGGUUGUUUAGUUCAGGUGGAGUUGUGUCCGUCAACAUGACCAUUCCCUCCACCCUGAUCCGCUCCACAGUCGGGGGAGAGGCCCUGCUGUCCGUGCGCUACAUCAGCUCCAGCCUGGACCUGCCCGUCAUCAAGUGGACCCUGAAGAAGGAGAAGUCAGUCACCGUGGUGCAGUCCAUCGGCACGGACAUCAUCGGGACCCUCAGGCCGGAGUACAGGGACCGCAUCCUGGUCUUUGAGAACGGGACCCUGCUCCUCCAUAACCUGCGAUUGUCUGACGAUGGGACCUAUGACGUGGAGAUCUCCAUAACCGAUGAUACCUUCACUGGGGAGGGCAGCAUCACGCUCACGGUGGAUGAGGUCAUAUCCAAACCAUUCGUCCACACAGAGUCGUCUUCGGUGCUGGAGCUGACCGAAAACGUGGUCCUCAACUGCUCUCAUAACAACGGAACCAAAGCCAACUACACCUGGCUGAAGGGCGGGAAACAGCUGACCAACGAGACGAGGUUUAUCCUGUCACCUGACCAGAAGUACCUGACGAUCAAACGAGUGCUAAUGAGCGAUGAUGACCUGUACAGCUGCGUGGUGCAUAACCCAGUGGGCACAGAGACGAGUCUGCCCUUCAGACUGUCUGUGUACAGAAGAAGCUCCCUGUACAUUAUUCUGUCCACUGGAGGUCUGUUUCUGCUCAUCACGCUGGUCACAGUGUGUGCCUGCUGGACCCCGCCACAAAAGAAGUCUAAGAAACCCUCCAGAAAGCCCUUGGACAGGCUAUAUGACUACUCAGACUGCCCGAUCAAUCACCCAGGUGAAUUAUCUCCGAAAAGAACAGAGAGCACUCGCAAGGCUGCAGUAACGUCUCUUUAUGUCCUACAACACAAGGUUCCCUCUGACGACUCUCGCUCCGAAAAUGGCGGACCUCCUCACUACAGCCCGUACCCCCCGCGACCACAGACCACCGUGAACCUGAGCCCCGUCACGCCCCCUGCCCCACGCUCCAUCCUCAAGUGUAGCUAACUGUCCCGACUCAUACCACAGCCUCUAAUCUUUCAAUACAGUAAGUUACAACGCAUUAAGGGGCGAGGAUGUAACGAUAUCCAAAUCUCUCCGUACGAUAAUUUCACAAUAUACAUCCCACUGUACGAUAUUUAUUGUGAUAUUUUAGGAUAUUUUGAGGCUAACCAAACUGUGAAUAUGCUAUUUUUUUUCUUUUGGUACUGUUAUAACACAAAGAAUUAAGAUUUAAAAGUACAGUUAUUUCUUCAUUUCUGCACUGAAACAGCAAAGGAUCCUGGUCUAUGUAGUCCACUCUUGUUAUUUUUUAGCUAUUGCUGCACCAUAACAAUGAAUUUAAGCAAAGAGACUGAUACCGCACAAUGUGAGACUUCUGAUGAUACAGUAUCACUAUAUUUUGGAUAUUGUUACAUCCCUAAUUAAAGGUGUACUGUGUCACUUUUUCAGAACGUGAGUCUGCCCUCUGUUCAUCUCUUUUUGCUCUAUCUGAAAUGUUCCACACUAUGGCGUUAAACUUAUCUAUCUUGCAUUUAUUUAAGCACAGGUUCCAUGACACCCGUUAAUCAUUAUGUUAUAAUUUGCAUGUUUAAGAUACACAGUGCACCUUUAAAUAUAGACACUAGUAGGAGGGUAGUUACCAUGGGAACACCAGGAGCACUGCCACCAGGACACGGGACCCCGGGGAGAGAUGAGACACCAACACUUCACCAAGACGACAAAACAACAUGAGCUAAGAACUAGAUUAUAAAAUACCAAGAACAUAGUAUAAGUUGUACAUUCAUAACUCCAAAAAGACUUUGUACAAUCACCAUCAUUGUGUUAUAGCCCAUUUACAUUUAAAACCUGUAAACCUAGCCACAUGGAGCAGAGACGGGAUCAUUUAUUCAGUUAUGCAUUUUACUGUGAAUAACUAACAAAAACUAACUAACCUUUUACCUGUUAGAGUCACUGUAGAUAAUGUACAUAUCUUAUUUUUGAUGAAUUAUUGUUUUUGUUGUCAUUUCAAAGAUUGUUUCUUGGCAGUAAACUAACUUUGGCAUUCAGUUUUAAUACAUUUGUU